UUGUGUUGUGAGGAAAAAUGUCUAUCAGAACAAACCGCAUGAAAGCAGUACCAUCACUGCAGAGAAGGUUAACAUCAGUUAAGAGCAGAGAGGAACCUAAUAUUUCUGAUAAACUGGACAAGUUAAUGGCGGAUCUAACAGCCAUUAAAGAUUUGUUUUCAACAGUCAAAAGUAACGAAGACGAACUCCUUGACACGUUAAAACUUGUCGAUGAUCUUCUUCGCAACUUCAAAACAGAUAAAUUCUUCGACAUUUCCAAGCGAAUUUUGGAAACAGAUAAACCCACAAAUGCUGAUCCACAAAAGGGGAUUAAUGAGCCAUCUUCAAGUCAAAAGGCAGAAGAAAAGAGUGGAAAAAGAGAUGAAACGAUUGAUGAAAAGAUGGAGAAUUUGGAGUACACGUUAGAGAACUUGAAGGCCAAUUUGUCGACACUGAAGAAAAACGAAGAACUACGAAGAAAGUUAAGAGAAGUGGAAAAUUUCCUUCAGAACUUCAACUCUAAGCUUGCAGAAGAUGCAAAUGAAAAUGAAACAAAAGGAUUAGAACAACCAACCCAAACAUCAAGGGAGGAGAUGAAUCAAGACCUCACUGGAGGAACUGAUAAGCCAUCUUCAAGCCAAGAGUCAAGAGACAAGAAGAUCGUAGGAAAAGUUAAAAGUUCAUCUGCGAUUUCAUCAGAAGAUUCUAAACAAAGUGAAACAAAAAGUUCAGAGCUACCAAGACAAAAAUCAAGGGAUGAGUCAGAUCAAGACUUGAAAGCCACUGGUAUUGGUAAGUCACCUCCAAGCGAAGAGGAAGAAGACAAGAAGAGUAUUGUAGAAAAAGAUGUAGGGAUUGAUGAGAGGUUUGAGAGUUUGAAGUUUAAGCUAGACAAAAUGAAGGCCAUGUCUUCCACGGCCAAGGAGGACAAAGAACUCAGGGAAAAACUAAGAGUCAUGGAAGAUCUUCUUCGAAACUUCAAUGCUAAAAAUUUAGAAGAGACUUUAAGUUCCAUAGAGGAUUCUAAUCAAAGUGAAAAGAAAAGUUCAGAGCUACGAAGCCAAACAUCAAGGGAUGAAUUGGUAGAUCAAAACCUGAAAACCGAUGGUGUUGAUAAGUCAUCUUCAACGCAAGAGUCAGAAGGCAAAACGAAUUUGGAAAAGGAUGUACCCAUUGAUGAAAAGUUGGAGGUUUUGAAGUCGGAGCUAAAAACCAUGAUGACCAGGUUUUCAUCAGUGAAGGAAAAUGAAGAACAACGUGACAGGUUAAGAACCCUUGAAGAUCUUUUUCAGAACUUGGAGGAGAUUGUUAAGUCUGCAGAAGAUGCAAACCAAAGUGAAACAAAAGGUUCAGAACAACCAAACCAGACAUCAAGGGAUGAGUUGGUGGAUCAAGACCUAAAUGCCAAUGGUAUUGAAAAGCCACCUUCAAGCCAAGAGACACAAGACAAGAAGAGUAAUGUAGAAAAAGAUAAAACGAUAGAAGAAAAGUUUGAAAGUUUUAUGUCCAAGCUAGACAAAAUAAAGGGGAUGCCUUCCACAACAAAGGAAAGUGAAGAACUUAAGCAAAAAUUAAGAGACGUGGAAGAUCUUAUUCGGAAAUUCAAUUCUAAUCAAAGUGAAACAAAAAAUUUAGAGCUACCAACACAAAGGAAAAGUGAUGAUGAGUCGAUGGACCAAGGCCUCAAAGCCACUGGUGUGGAUAUACUAUCUUCAACCCUAGAGUCAAAAGAAGAAACUUUGCCGGAAAAAUAUGUACCCAUUGAUGAAAAGUUGGAGAGUUUGAAGUUGGAACUAGACAACAUGAAGGCCAAGUUUUCCCCAGUGAAGGAAAAUGAAGAAAUGCGUAAAACGUUAAGAACCCUAGAAGAUCAUCUUCAAAGCUUUGAUAUUCCCGCAGAAGAUGCAAACCCAAGUGGAACAAAAGGUUCAGAGCUAACAAGCCAAAUAUCAAGGGGAGAGUUGGAGGAUCAAGUCCUUAAAGAUAGACAACAAGAAGGCAGAUUCAAAAAAUUGGAGGAAAAUGAGGAAAAUCUUCUCAGAAACACCAACAAAACAGUCUCGGAUGAGAAUGUCGAGCGUAAAGUUUCGAAGGAGGAGGUGGUAGAUAAAGUGGUGGAGGCCAUUAAUAAAAAGAUCAAGAAAUCAACUAAAAAGCUCGGUGUUAGUGAAACUGAAACAAAGGCUAAUGAAUCAUCAGAAAAAGGAAAAACAUCCAAGACAGUGCAUUACCCCAUACUGUCUUUAAGCCGACGCCAUGAGGAUGUGGAGCUAGUCUUGAAAAGGUUCCAAGCCAGUUAUGAUGCCCUUAAUCCUCAUUCAAAAGUUUGCUGUUUGUCUCUCUCAAUUUUCCCAGAAAAUUUUGUUAUGAUGAAAAGAAAUGUAAUUUACUGGUGGAUUGGCGAGGGGUUUGUAAAGAAGUCAACAGAGAAAACAUCUGAAGAAGAAGGCGAGGAUGUUUUUGACGAGCUUCUGAAUUCUAAGCUGAUUGUGCCACAUGGUACGGGAAAGUGUCCUAUUGUGAACAAAUUCAAACUUAAUCCUUGGAUCCGCCACAUGUUGGUAUCAUCUGUGCUGGCAGAAAAUAAACAACCCUUUAGAUUUUAUUCACAAAUAACAACCUCUUCCCACCAAAAUCAUGCUGAUUAUGGUUGCCUAGUACUUGACCAGACAAAAGUUCAAAUAGGUGGUGACUUUGCUUCGAAAUCUGACCAUUGGAGAAGUGUUUUCAAUCUUCAUGCUAGUUAUCUCACUAUUGAACCUCAAUGGAUGGCUAAAAUGAAGAAGUUGGUGGUGCUUCAGCUUGGUCGUUGGCAAGAGUCUCCUAAACAUCACAUUGAAGUUGCUGGUACAGAAUUCAUGACAGACUCAAAAGCUCAAAAGCAUCUGAAAUAUCUCAGUCUUCGUGGUAUAUCAAGAAUAUCAGCUUUGCCACCCUCCAUUGCUCAACUUGUUAGCCUAGAAAUUCUUGACCUCAAGGCUUGUCAUAAUCUCGAAACCUUACCUAAUGAAAUUACUUCAUUGAAAAAGCUCACACACUUGGAUGUGUCACAGUGCUACUUGUUGGAGAGUAUGCCAAAGGGGAUUGGGAAGCUCUCUGAGCUUCAAGUACUGAAGGGAUUUGUAGUAGGCAGUUCCAACAAGACUCCUACAGUAUCGGAUCUUGCAAACUUUAAAAAGUUGAAACGAUUGAGCAUACACAUUGGAAGUGAGGCUGUGAUCCAAGAUAAAGAGUUUGAAAGCCUGAGCAACUCACAAGUUAAAUGUCUCAAAAUAUCAUGGGGUGUGUCAUCUAACACGAAGUACAAAGAUAUUGAAAUCGUUCUCCCACAAGGUUUGGAAAAGUUAAACAUUGAAGGCUUUCCUAGUGAGCAAACUCCAACAUGGUUGAUGAUAAACCACCUACCUCUUGCAUUGAAAAAACUAUACAUAAUAGGAGGCAAACUCAGGAGCAUACAUAAUGAAAAUAAUAGAGCAUUAGAAUAUUGUAAGGUGGAGAUCUUGCGUCUGAAAUACCUAAAGAAUCUUCAAAUUGAUAUGGAGCAUUUGAGAGAGUUGUUUCCUUCACUGAGGUAUGCCGAGGUGAAACAAGUCUCAAAUCUUUACGAUGAAUGGAGCAUCAUGGAUGGUUAAAGUACACCCAAUUCAUAAAAUGUUCAAUGUAUGUUAUUUGAAGGGAAAUUUAGUUCACACGAAUAAUUGUUUGUACAUAUGAUUCCAAACCAUGUAUAUUUAUUUGUUCUGUGUGUUCCAAGACUGAGUGAUGAAAAAGUUCAGAAAAUAUAAAUAAGUUCUGUGGUGGGUUAGUGAUUAUUGUAACUAAACUUAUGUUGUGUAUCUGAUGCAUUAGUUGUUAUUUCUUAUUUUCUUUUAUAUAUUAAUCAUUUUUAUUUUUCAGUUUGAAUUAAUGAAUGAUAUUUCAUUUCUAGCCACACCUCAUAAUCUCAUCAUAUUAUAAUUAAAACCAAAUGAAUUAAUCAUACUACCAACAAGGCAUCUUAGUACACCAAAAUCUUAUAUAACUUGUAUAUGGAACAACAAACAACAAGGUAUGAUCAUUUGUCACUCCACAUGGAGAAAAAUCUAGAUAGAAACCUAGGGAGUUUGGGACCUUAUAGGUAGAUAGUGGUGGGGCUAUAUGAUGUGUUGGGCUAGAUUAGUCUUUGUAACAUAUUACUAUACGCUAGUACUUUUGAGUCACAUUUAUAUAUUUUAAUAUAUGUUUGGACUGCUGUCAAACCUGCAUAGAAAAGAGUUAAGAACACAAAAUAAAUGGAUUUUCUAAGCCGUGGAAAAACACUAUCCUUAAGAUUUAUUCGCCAUAUUCGCAAAUUUUUCAGGAUAUAACAGGAAUUUCUUGAUUAAUUUCGUGGUAUUCAGAAUCUAGCAAGAUAAUCUUUGAGCAGAGUG